CGCUCGCAAGACCCCCGGGGCGGCUGCUGAGGGGGCGAGAUGCUGGAAGAAACUUCUUAAAUGACCGCGUCCGGCGGGCCGAGGAGCCGUUCGGGGUCGGGGAGAGGCAAGGAAAGUGGAAAAACACUGCGAACUUGCUGCUCUCCCCCGCUGUGAGACAUGUCUGAGACUCCUGCUCAGUGUAGCAUUAAGUCUGCUGACUCUGAUACUUCAGGAUGAGAUGCAAGGAGGGAAAGUUGGAAAGCACUCGUUGGAAAGCAGGAACGAAUUUCAUAUACACCUCCCGAGAGCCCUGUGCCGAGUUACGCUUCCUCGACUCCACUUCAUGUUCCAGUGCCUCGAGCGCUCAGGAUGGAGGAAGACUCGAUCCGCCUGCCAGCGCACCUGCGCUUGCAGCCGGUUUACUGGAGCAGGGAUGAUGUAGCCCAGUGGCUCAAGUGGGCUGAAAAUGAGUUUUCCUUAAGGCCAAUUGACAGCAACACGUUUGAAAUGAACGGCAAGGCUCUCCUGCUGCUGACCAAAGAGGACUUUCGCUAUCGAUCUCCUCAUUCAGGUGAUGUGCUCUAUGAACUCCUUCAGCAUAUCCUGAAGCAGAGGAAACCUCGGAUUCUUUUCUCACCAUUCUUCCACCCUGGGAACUCUAUCCACACGCAGCCAGAGGUCCUACUGCACCAGAACCAUGAAGAAGAUAACUGUGUCCAGAGGACCCCCAGGCCGUCCGUGGAGAACGUGCACCACAACCCUCCCACCAUUGAACUGUUGCACCGCCCCAGGUCGCCCAUGACGACAAACCACCGGCCUUCUCCCGACCCCGAGCAGCGGCCCCUGCGGUCGCCCCUGGACAACAUGAUCCGCCGCCUCUCCCCAGCCGAGAGGGCCCAGGGGCCGAGGCUCCACCAGGAGAACAACCACCAGGAGUCCUACCCCUUGUCAGUGUCUCCCAUGGAGAAUAACCAUUGCCCACCGUCCUCCGAGUCCCACCAGAAGCCAUCCAGCCCCCGGCAGGAGAGCACACGGGUCAUCCAGCUGAUGCCCAGCCCCAUCAUGCACCCCUUGAUCCUGAACCCCCGGCACUCCGUGGAUUUCAAACAGUCCAGGCUCUCCGAGGACGGGCUGCAUAGGGAAGGCAAGCCCAUCAACCUCUCUCAUCGGGAAGACCUGGCUUACAUGAACCACAUCAUGGUCUCCGUGUCCCCUCCUGAGGAGCACGCCAUGCCCAUUGGAAGAAUAGCAGACUGUAGACUGCUGUGGGAUUACGUCUACCAGUUGCUUUCUGACAGCCGGUACGAAAACUUCAUCCGAUGGGAGGACAAAGAAUCCAAAAUAUUCCGGAUAGUGGAUCCCAAUGGACUGGCUCGACUUUGGGGAAACCAUAAGAACAGAACAAACAUGACCUAUGAGAAAAUGUCCAGAGCCCUGCGCCACUACUACAAACUAAACAUUAUCAGGAAGGAGCCCGGACAAAGGCUUUUGUUCAGGUUUAUGAAGACCCCAGAUGAAAUCAUGAGUGGCCGGACAGACCGGCUGGAACACCUUGAAUCCCAGGAGUUAGAUGAACAAAUAUACCAAGAAGAUGAAUGCUGAGGGGACCCACGCCCCAACUCAGGGGCCAGCAUCCAGGAGGCCUUCGCCCAGGCAGCACUGCUGCAGGCCUGACGGAGCCGGCGAGCCAAGGAGCUGGAGAAGGGAGAGACCCAGAAAUGGCAGGGAUGCUUCUCUUGCAGACCAAGAGGGACCCCACUGCACCUUAGACAAACCACCCAGCAAAGGCGGGGCUGGGACGCCAGCAGAGGGCCAGGGCCUGGGACUGUGUCGAGUUUCCUUCUCAUUUGCAACCUCCCCCUCUGUGAUUCCUCCCUGCCCCCUUCCACCUACCACCUGUUGUUAGUUUCAUGGUGUUUUGUUUUCGUUUUUUAACAACAUGCAGUUUGAUUUUUCAUCAUUCAUACUGGGGAAGACAUCGGAUGUUGUUUUCCUAUGGAAAUAUAUAUCUAUUAUAUAUGUAUAUCUUUUUUUUUUGCAAGUCUUUCAAAGUAUAGCAAGCCCAGCUGGUCAGGAAAGAGAACGCUUGUGAAAGGUUUAGCUUCCUCUUUGUCCUGCCGAGUGGAUCAGGUGUGUUCCUGCUGCAGUUGGGUCUUGGUUGAGGGAAAAAAAAUGCUUUUAAAAAAUAUUACGUGAAAAGGAGGGCUCUCUUUCUCUCUCUCGCUCUCUCUCCUUCCCUGGCUUCCCUCUGUCCUCCCUCCCUGCCCACUGGUGAGUCUCAGACAGCUUAGAGUCUUGGGGGAUUGUUGGCACUAGAUCGAGUCAGGGGCCUGGGUGCUUGGUCACCAGCAACACGAAGUCAACCCCGUCUCGCUGCCUUUGGCCCCCAUCUGAUGGAAGCUGCUGGACUCCCCAAGAAGUGCUCAUGUGGCAGCCAUCCCUGUGAGGGCUGUGAGAACCACGCAGCUCUGGCGAAAGAUAGGGGGGAAGGCUGGCCAAGGUAUUUGCAAGGUCCUGGCAGCUCGGGAUGAGCUUGUAAGCACUGCAAAGUGGAAAACAGGAGGAAAAAAAAAAAGGCCCACGCUGACCUGGCAGCCCAGAAACUGGGCAAAAAAGAUUCUGCAGAAGGGAUUUGUUUUUCCAAAGCAGGCCAUUGAGGCAAGUGAGAAAGCAAGCGCCCCUCAGCCGCAUUCCAGAGGCCAACUUGUGGUCAGUGUCAUGCCCUCGCCCGAUGCUUUCUUCCCAGUGCCUCGAUUUGUUUAAAGUUUUCUGGUCUCCUCUGAACACAGAGAUGCGAGAGGAAGAUCCCGUAGCAUGGUGUCUCUGUCACCAGUGUCUGCCCAGCGUGGGCCUCAUGGCAAGUCCACGGGUGCAUUGCACUGUGCUCUGCCAUGACUGUGUAUCAGAAAGGACCCGUCCGUGGCUCUCCUUCACCCCAGAUACGCUCGACAGAACCUUGGAAAUGAGGAUAGUACCACCUCUUAGUACUUGCGAUGAUAACAUAGUUUGUGAGAUCCAUUGUAGAUUUCUGUUCCUUUUCUAGCCAUCCACCUGGGCCCUUCCAGUGUAGGUUCACACAGGCGAUAUUGGGAGUCCUUUUUUUCAGUCCGGAAGGUUAGACCUGUCUGACAAAGCACCCUGUCCUUGUUCCCCUCUGUUUUCUCCAUUCAGCUGAGUGAGCAUCUCCUAGCUCCUGCGGGUCCUCCUGUGCAAUUCCCAGGUGAGGCUGCUGGAGUCCAGGCCUCUCCACCAGCCAUCUGUGAGCGGAGUUGGUACAUACAGUUGGAGGCACACAGGCAAGAGGAAUUCUCCCAAGGACUCCAGCCUGGGAGGCGAGUCCAUAGACUUUGGUUCAAAGACACUGGAAUUUGAGGAGCUGCUCCAGGCUCUUCAGUCUUGUUCUGUCCACGGGGAGGCACACAGAGGUGACAGGCCCACUCCGACGGUCACAAGCUUCAGCCAUUCUGCCUUCUGGCAGGCCAGGGGUCUCCCAUGUGAGGCUGGAGGGUCUCACGGGGAAGGUGUUGGUCUCGAGCUGCUUGAAUGAUGGUGGUCAAGUCAGCUGAACCCCAGCACACUCCGGGUGUCCUUGGGCAGGAGAGAGUGACACUUUUUUUUAGCCUCCAUAGUAACGGAUAAUCGGUCUAUCUCAAAUGAGGAGAUGAAGCCAAAUACUUGGUGUGUUGUGAAAGCCCUUAAGUUUAAGAGCUGGAAAGGAAAGGUGGAUUUUUCUGAGGUCCUUUGUGGGAAUAUGGAGAGAGCAGGGCACGGGGAGGCUCUGCUCUGAGAUUAGGUUGCCUGUUUCUGGCCUCUCAGAUUAGGAUGUCUCUUUUUUGGCCACUUGACCCCAGAAUAAAAAUCCUACCCCACCCUACCCCCUGCCCUGGCCUCCUACUGUUUAAUUAUGGAAGGAAAUUCCUUUUGACCCAAGGAAUUCUGAAUUUAAUGUCCUGUGAGCACACACAAGACUUGGGAUGACACCAUGAGCCACUUUGAAGAAAAAGUGGAGAUGCUGAUCCCAGCGCAGUGAGAGUUGGCUAGACUAGCUAUGUUGGAGGUAACCCAAGGCAACCUUGCCCAGCCUACGGCAGCAUCGCCAAUAUUUGGGGACUGCCACAGGCAGAGAGUAUAGACCACUGGGUUUUCUCUUUUCAACAGCAUGUCUGGAACCCUCGGAAACAUUGUCUUUUUAUCAAUACCUUGCCCACGUGAGAGUGUCACUUCAGCUGAAAUUUAAAUAAAUGAUGGUGACAGAACUCCCCGAAGUGACUGACAAGCCACUGCCAUGUCCACCUCUCACAGCCUAGGCUCCAACCCUGAAUACCUUUUGGAAACAUUCAUUCCCUUUUUGUCAGAGGGAAACCCAAGUCUCAGGGAGGUCCUGUGACCUGCCCCGGGAGUGGACGGCACACUUCGGACAGAAUUAGCAUUGGGCCGCACCUGGCCACACCCCCACCUGACCCACUGCCACCCAGGAAACUAAGGAUGAAAGAUCUGGGAAUGCUGUGCCCAGGCAAUCGGUGCUAGUCAGGAGCUGUGCGCUCACUCUAGCCUGCCCCUCCUCUGAUAAGAAACCUGGAUUAAAGGGGGUGAAAGGAGGAAGCCAAGGGGGGGUGUCAGGAUACAGUAAGCCCUGCCUGCCCGAAAACCACAGGAGACUAACCUGAUCCUCUUGGCCCGUCUACAUCAACACUAAACAACGGCAAACUCCCCGACUUUCACACAUGCCAAGUGAACAUUCUUGAAGAUUUCUCUUUGUGACUGCAGCCACCUACAAACCAGAACGAAUCUAGAAUUUCUUUCCCUUUCCUUUUUUUUUUUUUUUUUUUUUGUUUGCUUAGUUUCUAAUCUCUUAUUGUUUAUGAGGUGUGGGGUUUAUAAGGGACUGAAUCAAAUGAAUGUAACAAAAAAAAAAGAAAAAACAAAAAAAUGCCUUUUCUCAGGGCCAGUGAGUUGCAAAUAAUUUUUAAAGAAAAGCCUAUAAUUACAUCAUCUCAAUAAAUUUUUUAUAAAAAAUUAAA